CUGAAGAUCCUGGCGGAACCAUUUUUAAUUUUCCUGUCAUUUUUCUGUCUUUCUCUUUAACUCGGCUUGCCAUAGAGCCAUGGCAGGACUCACAGCCCCGUUAGUCGCUUGUAUAUCACUGGUAUCGACAUGCCCAAGAAAGGGAACCGAAAACGGCUGAAAUUUAAGGCCGGAGACAUUUGCUGCGAAUCAGUCACUGUUGCUGAUUUUGCUAAUGCUGACCCAGCCAUUGUGAAGUCGGGUAGAGUAAAGAAAGCUGUCGCAAAUGCGAUUGAAAAAGAAGUGAAAUUGCUGUGUGGGUUGGAAGCCUCUCAGGGGGCGGUGGAGGAAGUCCUAUCCUCUGCAUCGAGCCUCAGAGCGGACGCUGUGGGCAGCAGUGAUGACCCCGAGGACGACGAAGGGGAAAGUGAAACUAAAGUGGCCCGCAAGAAGAAAAGCAAGAGAAAGAAAGAGAGCAGUGAGAGCAGUGAUGGGAAGGAUUAUCCAGUAGAUAUUUGGUUGGUGCUUUCCUCCUACAUUCGCCCUGAGGAUGUGUGCAAAUUUUCUUUGAUCUGCAGGAAUGCAUGGAUAGUCACUUGCACUGCGGCUUUCUGGACCAGACUCUACAGAAGGCACUACAGGGUUGAAGUUGUUCUGCCGUUUCGCCUCCAGCCUGACUCUAUAGAUAGGAUGCACUGUCUACGGGCAUGUGUGAUUCGCUCCCUUUUCCAUUUGUACGAGCCGUUUAGCUUGCGUGUUUCAAAAAGUCCUGCACUGCCAGAAUCCACGCCCACAACGCUGCUCAAUUCCAAGUGUUUUCUCUUCUGGGUCAAAAAGGUGUCAGGGACUCGACCAGAAGCAUUGUGGGAGUUCAACUUCAAAUUUAAAAAGCAGGGACACUUUAAGAAUGGUUGUGCCAAGUCUUUGCAUCUGCCCAAACAAUAUGAAGAAGUCCAUAUUAAUCCAGACUCUGACUGCUGUGUGCUUCAGGUCACCACACUUAACUACAUCUUCAUCCCUGUAGCCAUGGGCCUCACACUUACCCUGUUCACGAUCAAUGUGAGCACGGACAUGCGUCACCACCGUGUCCGUCUGGUGUUCCAGGACUCGCCUCUGCAGCGGGGAAAGAAGAGAGGGGAUCAAGGCGGGAUGCAGGUUGUCUUAGAUCCCGUGCACAGCGUGAAGCUCAUGGACUGGUGGCAUCCACUGUACCCUUCGUUGCCCUACAUAUAAGAUUGUUGGAACCCACCACAGCAAUUCAGGGACCCUGCUGUUGAUCCUACAAUGAUCAUAAAACAGAAACCAAAUCGCA